AACAAUCAAAUGCACAUAUAUGUAUAUAUAUUAAUUUUGAUGAAAGGAAUACUCCUGCCAAAGUGAUCUGAUAUUCAACAGAAAACCUUCAAAAGGAUAUCAACAAAGCUUUGCGAUAGAAAAUGUUGAUAUUAUUGCUGCGCUACUUCUUCGUCUAUUGGAUUCUGCUGGGCGGAAGUGCCAGCGAGGAGACACUCUUACGCGAUUUAAACUUGGAGUUGAAAGACUACCCAAUAGCAGGGUGCAAAUUGCGUUGCAUGCAUCGAUUAAGAAAGCAUAGAUUCACUGGCGAUUUAACGCCUAAUCAGGCUUGCACUGACCACUGUAAUCGUGAUAAUACAACUACCGUUAAGCAGUUAGAAAAAUACCGUUAUAUACAACUAAACUAUCGCAUGAUAUUAGUCUGUCGCGACGACAAAAGUUUGACAUUUCGCAUUUUACACGUGCGUAGCGUUGGAAAUGCAACUCAGAUUAACGGUGCAGAGAUACCAAGGCACGCAACACAAAGAGCAACAAACGGAAAUGAAUACAAAAACAUUUUGUUUAAAAAGAAAGAUGAGGAACACACUGCAUUUACGCUAUCAAUGGAUAUAAGAGACCCAAUGCAGGCGACCAUGACAAAUCCCAAUGGCGACAGCGAACAAAUGAGUGAGCUCUCCGAUGCGAUUUUUAUGGUUAAAGUACAAGGCGAUACAAAUGCGACUACUGUUUAUAUGUCCUACGAGAAUUUCUUCACAAUAACCGACUUAAAUAACUUCACAACCUACACAAUUUCUGCUGUGGCGGUGACGGCUAAACAUGAGUAUACGAUUGUAACGAAAGGAGAGAAGUUUUCAACUUUACAACACGAUUACACCCCCGGUUCUGUCGCCGAUAUGAAUUUACGUCGCUACCUUCCGGAUGAUACGAAUGAAAUGCAUUUAAUGGCGGAUAUCACUUGGCAGCCGUCAGCAGACCGAACUUGUAGCUACUUUAUACUCUACUACGACGAAUCGGGUGCCGACAUGAUAUCCAUGGAAAUACGUAAUCCACGACAGCUCUACACUUAUACUCUAGAAAAUUUAACCUUUUCGGCUGUAUAUAAGGUCGGUAUACUCGCCAAGAAUACGAAAAAUGCAUCAAAGGAGAGUGCAAUGAAAUGGUUAAAAAUCCAGACGCCGUCCUGUGCAGAGUGGUACAACUACAAUUUCACUAUAUGCCCACCUUUUCCACCUAAAAACUUGAAAGUUGAUCGGAAAUACAUACGAGAAAGUACUUAUUCUUUGAAUGUUACCUGGGACAAACCCGAACACCCUAUAAGCAGCUAUAUUAUUGUGAUUGUGGAUGGUUUUGAUACAUUUGGUCGCGAAUAUAACUUUACCGUUAAUAAGAGCAGCACUGUGUACUUUAUACCUGAAAUCGAGUUAAAUGGCACACUCUUUGAUGUACAUUUGAUUGCCUGUACACCUGGUGGGAAUGCAUCUGUCUUCACACAGGAAGUCAAUAAUCGCACACUACUAUUGCCCGAAAACAGUCAACUUAAUGCAAAGUACGUCGCCGCCAUGAUAGUGGCUCUCUCCUGUUUGGGCUUCAUCUUUUUUUACGGUCGCUACCGUUAUGCGAAGUACAAAAGACAUCAACAACGUUGCAAAUAUUUUCGGGACUUGGAGAGCAAGGCGCCCAUCGAUCCAAAGGCAACCUUUGAUUUUCCCACUAAAAAUCUAAUCACCUCAACGAGUAACUUCUCCCAGUUCCAGUAUCUGGAAGAUAAGAUGUUUUUGAAUGACGCCAUGGAAAUUGACCGCGCAGAUGUUACGCUGCUUGAAGUAUUGGGCGAAGGUGCGUUUGGUUUGGUGCGACGCGGGUUGUACAACGAUGGCAAAGUGGGUGUGCGGGAAGUGGCCGUGAAAAUGUUGAAAGAACAUCCACCGCUGGACGAUGAGCGCGCUUUUCGCCGUGAAAUCGAAGUGAUGAAGUCCGUGGAGCCGCAUCCGAAUAUUGUCGGCAUCAUUGGUCAUUGCACAAAGCCUUCGCAUCAAAUGUUAUUGCUAACGGAAUAUUGCAGUUUUGGCAAUUUGUUGGAUUUUUUAAGAGAUGAAUGGAAAUAUUUAUAUGAAUUGAACGUUAAAACUAGCGGUUCCAUUUUGAAACGGAAAUUCGGUGGAUUGAGUCGAACUAGUGGCAAAAAGCGCCAUCGGCGCGUGUCACACAAUUUAACUGAAACUCACCAUCAGAGCACCGGCAGCGAAGGCAAUAGCAACAGCAACAGCAUUGAUCACCCCAAUUCCAAUUGCACUGACCGUCCCAACGGCUAUAAGAGUAGGGAGAAUGGUAGUGGCAGCUUUGGUGGCGUACUGGGUAACAGUGGCGCCAGCAUCGAUGGCAACAUUGUCGAAAGCCUCAAAUUCAGAUAUAAAUAUCUAAACACGUUGCAGCAACAGCAGCAGCAACAACAACAACAGCAGACUCCAACAACAUCAAUUUACCCGCCAUCAUAUGAUAUAUCCGCAACCACCACCAUGACGUCGAUAACAACAAUCAACGACAGCGCACCGCCACCACCGCCCACACCACUACAAUCACCAACCAGCUACUGGGCUGCAGACAACAAAUCCUACGGCUAUGAGGAUAUCUGCUGUCGGGCAUGCAAAUACCAUAUGAAUGUAGAUUCCGUUGGAAAAAAACACGCCACAUCGCUUAACGGUGUGGAUGUGGGUGUAGGUGUUAAUGGUGACCACACCACAAUGCAACAAAUUGGCUGCGAAAAGCAAAAACAAAUACAUGAAUUUCAUUCGAAAAAUUGCGUGUGUCAGCAAAAAUUAUUAAAUGCUAAUCAAACAGUAGUGACGCAACAACAACAUCAUCAUCAACAACAACAACAACAACAAGAACAACCACUAGAGCAGCAAGCAUUUGGCAGUGUUGCGGGACCAAAAUCGGCUGGUGCCAUUGAAAAUAAAUCCUAUUUUAAACUUUUUCACGAAAUACUAAGCGAAGCGGCGUGGCGACGUCGUCAAUGGGAACGCCGGCAUGCCCGUGCUGCUUUUUGUAACAGGAGGCUGGCGUUCACGGGGGUACAUAUCGAAAGUAGCACAACGACAACGACAACAACAACAACGCCAACACCAACACCAACGCCAACAACAACGGCAGCUAGCAUUAUAAGUCAGGCAGACAAGACCGGAGACAAUGAGGCGUUAAGCUCCUGCCUGCACCGGCAACCGCUGACCACAGCUGAUCUGUUGGAUAUAGCGCGACAGGUUGCGGUCGGCAUGGAAUACUUGGCGAAAAAUAAAGUCGUUCACCGUGACUUAGCUGCGCGAAAUGUGCUUGUUGCAACAGAUCGCACAAUUAAAAUUGCAGAUUUUGGGUUAAGCCGUGAUGUUUACCAGGAAAAUAUUUAUAAAAAGACCGGCAACGGGAAAUUGCCUAUAAAAUGGUUGGCCUUGGAAUCGAUGACUCAUCAGGUGUACACUACGCAGAGUGAUGUUUGGUCAUAUGGCAUACUGCUCUAUGAAAUUGUGACGCUCGGCAGCACACCGUAUCCCUCAACACCGACAAAUCGUCUGCUGAAUUUACUAAAGUCGGGCUAUCGGAUGGAGAGACCAAAGAACUGUGGUCCUGAAUUCUAUAACCUCAUGUAUGCCUGCUGGAAUGUGAAUCCUUGUGAACGUCCCACAUUCAGUGAAAUUAUUAAAAUUCUUAACGAUUUUUUACUUGAUGAGCCGGAACGUCAUGGAACUUUAUUGGGUCUACCAAAUAUGGAAUGCUACAAAUUAAUUCGGCUCAGCUCUAGUUUCGGCCAUAAAAAUGUAUAUAUAGAUACCAGACUAGUUGAGAUUCUUAAGAGCAUGGAACAGUGCGCCAGCCGACUGCUGAAUCUACACAAGGAAGAACAGCCAAAGCAAGAAAUCGAAGAGACUCCACAAUCGUCACCUGAUGAUGAUAAAAUGAUUGAUACAUCAAAUAUGGAUGACUCUUAUUUGAAGCCACUGCAGGCCAAGAAUAAAUCUACAAAUGACUAGAUUUCCGUAUAAAAGGCAGCAAAGUGAUGUAAAAUGGAAAUUAAGUAACAAAAAAAAAAAAAACGCAAAAAAGCACUGGUAUACAUGCAUGUGUAUGUGCACACACACAUAGAGCACAUCGUUAGAGCAGGUGUGAGAGUAAUUUCAAGCGGAAGCUUUCAAAUCACAAGUGCAAGUUAUGAAUGAAUGGGCGUUUGUGUGGUGAAAAAACACAGUUUCGCUUGUUAAGUAGUCAAAUAGAGUUCAGUGCAAAGGAAAGAAAAAAAAAACGAAUUUAGAAUGUAAAACAAAAAGCUAAGCAAAAAAGAGAAACAAACGGGAAAUUGUGCUUACAGCAAAAGUGUUCUUUUCAUUGAGGAACGAAUGCACAAAAACAGGUGUACAUAUAUAAAUAUGUAUAUAUAAUAUGUACAUAUUUU